GGGAAAGUCGUUUUGGGUCUUGCAUUGCUGUUAACCUGCGGAAAUGUCUGAGAAGGAACUGAAAGAAGCGUUUGUCAGUAAUCUCAACGGAACUACUUUACAGGAAGUGGUCGUGGGCUCAUUUCUCACCCCGCUCUGCAUCCUCAAUCGAGCGCUCAUCCUGAUCCUCCACCAUCAGGCCAAGGGGAGUCUCCCUCUGCCGUUCCCACCCAUUUCUCACCUGCUUCUCGAUUUCUCAGCACUGGUCCUCCCCCUGGUGCUGUCAUGCACCGUCCUGAGCGACGUUCUUCUUCAGGUGGUCUUGAGCUUCACCUUUGUGCUGUCAUGCGCGCUUUGCCGCGUCUGCCGCACCGAACGCCGGACUGCUCUCAGCGCCUUCGUCGGCGGGACCGUUCACUUCAAACAAGUUCCCUUUGUGACCAUCUUUCGAGUGAUGGUGAACGUGCAAACAGCCAUCAGUAUUCUUGCCGUGGACUUUAGAGUCUUCCCAAGGCGAUACGCUAAAACGGAAACGUACGGAACUGGCGUUAUGGACUUCGGGGUUGGAGCGUUCGUCCUGGCCAACGGUCUGGUCUGCCCAGAAGCACGUGGCAGGAACGUGUCUGGAUCCAAGGUGAAACAUAUCUCCAAGCAGCUCCUGUCUGUGUGGCCUCUGGUUCUCCUCGGUGUGGCGCGACUUGUCUUUGUCAAACUGAGGAACUACCAAGAACAUGUGACUGAAUAUGGCGUCCACUGGAACUUUUUCUUCACGCUGGCCAUUGUCAGAGUCGUGACAAAAAUGCUUUUGGUUGUUGUACCGGCAAGAAGGUCGUGGGUUUUGUGUCUUCUCAUCAGUGGAGUGUAUCAGUGUGUUUUGGAGACAACAGGCCUGAAGGCUUUCAUCAUGCACAACGAUGACAGAGGAAAGGACUUCCUGCAUGCUAACAAGGAGGGGAUAUUCUCUACAGCAGGUUAUGUUGCCGUCUACAUGGCAGGAGUGCAGAUCGGAUGCUACGUGAUGCAGCCCAGAUCCCACGUUAGAGACUGGCUCAAAGCCGUCUUCAACCUCCUCGUGGCGACUUGGCUCUUAUUUGCUGCUUUGUGCACAUGUCAGACUAUUGUGGAGCCGGUGUCUCGCCGCUUGGCUAAUUUACCGUUCUGCCUCUGGAGCGUGGCUCAAUCGCUGCUUUUUCUAUCCUGCAUCGCUUUAGCCGAUGUGAUUGUACUCUUUUCACAGACGACCUCCGGCUGCCGCUUUGUACCGUCGUCGUGGAAUUCAAAUUUAGACUCCCGGGAAAAGAAAGAGGAGAUGGAAAACUUGUGUCUCAUUCAGGCUGUCGACAAGAAUCAGAUGUUAUUUUUCUUGCUCGCAAACCUUUUGACAAUAUUCGCCAACAUCUCGGUGGACACGCUUGCCUGCAGCACUUUGUUUUCCGUGUGCUUUUUAUUGUCGUUCAUGUUCAUGAAUUGCUUGGGAAUAUAUGCUUUACACCUUCUUGGAAUAAGAGUGCGAUUCUAAUGUCUUUGACACAAUUUCGAUAUAUUUGAUAUAUUUCAUAUGAAUGUUUGCUGCUGUGUGUUUAUUAUUAUGGCUUUUUGCAUCCUGUGUUGUGUUUUAUUGCAUACAAUUGUGAAUGCUUGUGAACUGUUAGCAUACAUUAUCCUUGUGACAUUUUCUCAUUAGAUUGCAGAUAUUUUUCUCAAUAUUUUGACUUAUUCAUUCAUUCAUUUUCUACCGCUUAUCCACACGCUUAUCCCAGCUUUCUUCCAGCUGGACUGGGCACAUAUAGACAAACAACCAUUCACACUCACAUUCAUACCUAUGGACAAUUUGGAGUGGCCAAUUAACCUAGCAUGUUUUUGGAAUGUGGGAGGAAACCGGAGUACCCGGAGAAAACCCACGCAUGCACGGGGAGAACAUGCAAACUCCACACAGAGAUGGCCGAGGGUGGAAUUGAACCCUGGUCUCCUAGCUGUGAGGUCUGCGCGCGAACCACUCAAUUACUGUGUAGCCUAUUUUGACUUAAUUACUCCUAAUUUCUCGCCUGUGCUGUUGUUUUAAAUAUAUAUAUAUAUUUAUAAAUUAAAAAAAACAGUAAUGUGACGUAAAUGGACCCCAGGUCGCACUUUAGACACAGAUGUAUCAUGAGAAAUGGAUGGCAUUUUGGGAGAAUAAAGUCAAAACAUUGAAUAAAAAAAGUUUAAACUGAAGAAGGGAAAAAUGUCACAAUUUGAAAAUAAUAAACUCAUAAUAUUUGAGUAGCAUUUCACUUAUAUCAUAAAGCUGAACGGCCGUCUUUUUUCUUGCAAUAUAUACUGUAUAACUUCUUAGCAUAUCUACACGUGUUGCUUUACAAAAUUUGCAUCCAAAGCUGCAUCCUUUCAUUUUUCACUAUGUUUGGACGCCCCUGGUCGACAAGUAUAACCUCGUCUUCUCUCAGAUCUCCUAGUAGCAGUGCACAGAAUCCAUGACCCCGCUAAGAUAACACACGAUAAGCCUUUAUUUGUCCCACAAGGGGAAAUUCCAGGUUUACAGCAGCAAAAGCACACAAGAGCAUACAAAGUGCAAAAUCAAGCUAGUACAAAUCAUACACUAUUAUAUACACCAUUUACAGUGUUGGACAUGUUAGUUAUGGUACAGAUGUUUUUGUGUAGUUUAUAUUUUGGGUUAGCCGCAUGCUGGAACUAGUUUGAGGGAAUUUCAUGUUUACAGGCAAGUUUUUUAUUCAUUCAUGGGUAUGCGUGCCUACAUAGAGUACUGAGUACCACGGGUGGAUGAUGGACCCACUGCAAAUUUUGUAUUUCUAAGACUGUUGAAUGAUUUAGUGAUUUUGUCUUUAUUAGGCAA